CAAAAAAAAAAAAAGAAAAAGUUGACAUUGUAUCUGGGGCGAGCUAGAAUUAUUAUCAUUCUCACCUUCCACACUCUUCCAGUGCAACAAAAACAAAAACACCAAUCACUAGGGGAAAAAAAAAAGGAAAGAAAAAAAAUGGAUGUACCGGAGCUACUGGCGAUAUUCGGGCCGGGUAUCGCCGGCGCCGUAUUCGGGGCGGGUUGGUGGUUCUGGGUUGACGCCGUGGUUUGCAGUUCCAUCGCCGUCUCUUUCGUCCACUAUCUUCCUGGGAUUUUUGCAUCUUUGGCUGCUUUGAUGUUCAAUUGUGUCAGGAAAGAGGAUAUUGAUUACUCUCCUUACGAUGAAGGCGAGUGGAGAUUGAAGCUUUGGCUUUUCCUAGCUUAUGUCGUAUCUUUUGUAUCCCUUGCGGCAUCAGUUGGGUUACUUAUACAAGAUGCCUUGAUGCCUUCCGGACCAUCAACAUGGACAGGGGUUGCUGGUGUCCUGCAGUGUGUAUUUGUGCUAAUCAGUGGGCUGAUCUAUUGGACUUCUCAUUCCGAGUAGCUUGCUACACAUUGAAGGUGCUUUAAGACUUUUGUAUAAUUUACUUUUACUUGAAUGUGCAGUAAAGUAGUUCACCUUGUGUAAAUGUCUGUAAUACGCUACUGGUCGUGAGCAACAAAGAUGAGCCUCACAGAAUUGAGUGCAACUCUGUUAGCAUUGAUUUCUGAAAAUUUCCUCAUUCUUAUGCUCUGAAGCUGUCUCAUCAAGUAGGUGGUUGAGAUAAUUGUUAUGUGUUUCUGAGCCUCGACGUAUAAUCUUUAAACUUUAAUUUAGUAUGUAAGUUGCUAACAAACAUGCUUGCUUGUGUACUGCCUCUAUUCAAUUAAUGUCGUGUCAUAAAUUAAAUGUGGAAUUGUAAGAUGAUCUUACGAUAUUGUCAUUAACAGUAUUAAGGAUUGUUCUUUACUUCUUUA